AUGACUUCUCUCCUCAAACGCAAGCGUUCCGACUGUGACUAUAUCGAUGCCAGCGCAUACCCGCACAUUAUCGACUCCAUCUUUUCCUUUGCGACUCCCUCGGUCCUCAUUUCCCUCCGAACGGCAUCUCGCUCGUUCCAAUACCUGGCCGACACACUUCUUUUCCAGCAUGUCGUCCUAGACCUCGUCCCGGCCACAAAUCCGACCUCGCAUCGCAGUCAUGGACACUCGGUCCCGCUUGCCGAGCUCGUCCCGCCGUUUGCUCAUUUGGUCCUGCUCACGCCAUGUGGACACCGCCUACCCGGUGGUGACUGGGGAGACCGGUGUGUCGCACCUGCUGAGCGGGCCCGUUGGGCUCGGCUACUUGCCCACACGUGGAUUGUUGAUUACCGCACCGCGCCGGAACUCGCCGUUGUGGAAACGUACCCGCAGCUGGCUUCCGCACUCGCCAACGUCGACAUUGUCCGCCGAAAAGUCUACACAUCCCGCGUCGUCUACGCUCCGACAGUAGUAGAGUACGCCGAUUUCACUCGUGAUAACCCGUCUUUCCCGACUCCACGCGUCCAUUUCGCCAGCCUACCGCACGGGCUCGCACGUUGGGUCCUCAAUGUUCGGGUCGACCCGGCUAAUCCGCCCGUCGAGGGCCGUAUCACCAUGCAAGGACCAAAGAACUCUGCCGGCGUGCCAUAUGGUACUGACGUCGUCGCCAUCUUCAGCCAGACGCCCACAUCACCUGCAGAAGUCCGACCAUUGGCACCAGGUGCGCCAGCAUGGGGGGUCCUUGCUCCCAUCCUCGAUUUGAUGGUGCACCAGGCCCCGGUUGCGACACGGGGAUACACGAUUGUCGGCGUGACCCAGCUGCCACGCGCACUCCUUGGUAUGCGUGCAGACAUGACCGACGCAGAACUCGAAGACGAGGUCAUUGAGUACAUCCUUGCCCGGGACGACAUUGACCUCUUCGAGGACGAGCGUCUGGCCAUUCGGGACCUCGUUCGCUUCCUCACUCGCGAAGAGUAUGCCAAGCUCUACGGCCCCGACUGGGAUGUCAUCUCCGAGUGGCCAGAGGACGACCUCAAGGCCAACACACUGGUCCAUGCCUUCGUCCCAGAGGUACUUCAGGCAGAGGAUCAGAGUCUGCGGUAG